AUGGCAGCGGAAGUGGUCGCCCAGCUGGCGGAGGAUCUGGGUGCCGUACUAACUGAAACGGAGCUUCUGGAAUACAUUCAGGAGGCGCUGGAGUACGGCACUCGACAACAGCCCUCCAUGCGGCAACCGCAACCGCAACUGCCGCAGUCCCAGCAACCACCAUCUCAGCAGCCCUGGGCACAGCAGCAGCAGCAGCAGCCGCAGCGGUGCAACAGCUCCUCCGAGGGCUGGGGCGGCGGCUGCCAGCAGUCGGAGCGCCGCUUUGGCGGCAGCGAGGUGGCCAUACGGCUGCCGUCACAGGGCAACCUGGCGCGCGUGUACGGCAGGGAAGCCCAGGCCGCGUAUAUGACUCUAGUGUCCAACCUCGUCCAACAAUCGGACGAGCAGCAGCACGAGCUGGACUCCGUGGUCUCGGAGCUCUCCCGCGUUGUCGAAGAGAACAAGCUUCUCCGGGUGCAGCUGGCAGUCGCCGCUGCCGGAGGCGGUGGAGGCGCUGGGAACGGAGCGGAGGGGCCUACCUUCCGUGAACAGUACGGCAUUGCGGGCGCGCCACCGCCACGCCCAGCCGGGGCUGCCGCCGCCAAGCGCCAGCGCACCGCUGCUACUGCCGCGCCAGGCGAACUGCUACAGCUACAGCUGCAGGGCGCCGCCGCCGAGGGCUUGGCAGUAGCGCCCCUCUCACAGUUGCUUCCCCCGUCCCCACAGCCCCUGUUGCUACUGCCACCGCCCACCAGGCCCGCCGUUCUGAUGUCGUCACAAGCCUCGCUAGGCUACAACGGCAGUAGCAGCGACAAGGGGGGGAAUCUAGGGGGGGGGAACAACCCGGCGGGGGCAGCGAGGCCGGUGCUGUUGGUUUCUGGACGGAGGGGCUCACAGGCGCUGUGCGCGGGACUCAGGGUUGGCCAGGCGGGGAAUCCUAGGGGUGCCGGUGGUGCGGGCACGAUGGGCGAAGUGGCAGCAGCAGCAGGAGAUGAGUGUGCAGCAGAGCCUUCCGGCGCCUUGCACGAUGUAGGUGGCGAGGUUGGUCUCGGAGCUGCUGCAUCCGACCGCAGCGGUCCUGGUGUUGCCGGUGGUGGUGUUGUUGGUGGUGUUGGUGUUGGUGGUGUUGGUGCUGGUGGUGUUGUUGUUGUUGUUGGUGGUGGUGGUGGGACGGUGCUAUUCGAGAAGGGGACACCGGGUCCCGGUACGGAGCCGCUGCAGCCGCAGCUGCCGUCACAGCCGGGGUUGAAGAAGGAGGAGGAGGAGGAGGGGGGUGAUGGGGUCGGGGUCGGCGCUGGGGUCGGUGCGACGGGGGUGCCCGUACAGAGGGACCCCUCGCGGGUGGGUGUCACCAUUCGGAAGGGGGGCCAGUCCGGGGGUCGUGGGGGUUUCAUGCGACGGGCGCCCGUGCGGUGA